ACACACACACACACACACACACACACACACACACACACACACACACACACACACAAUGAGAUAGAGACGAGUUUAAAGCAGCUCUGUUGAGUGGAGGGGAGGGUUGAGACAGGAUCAGAGAAGUUAGACAGGGUCAACCUAAAAUAAAUACAACUAUAGUAAAUAGUCUAGUUUAGAAUGAAGGUAGUUUAAACUAGUUAAGAGGUUAAUGUCAGUGUAGGCAGGAGUUGAGUUCCAAACUUUUAAGUAGGAUGCAGCUUGUUACACAAGAGCAGCUGAGUGCAUCCCACACAUCUGUCCUCCUGCUGCUUCUCCAGUCUCCUCUACCAAGUCCUGAAAUAGCAGCCAUCCUCCCACUCCCACUCUUACAUAAGAUCACAUUUCACUGCAGAGAAACUCCUCGAAGUGUGUGUGUGUUUGUUUGUGUGUCUACAUACUCUAACAGGCUGUAAGAGAGAGACAAUUUGGCAUCUUUCUCAGAACAAUGACAUACUCAACAUGUUCAGAACCCUUCAAAAGCAUUUGUGUGACAUAAACAUUGUGUUUUGUGUUUAUUAACGGUUUAGUAGUAAUACAAUAAUAUAGUGAAAUUAUUAUUAGUGUGUAACUCACCAGUCCCAUCAGCAGCCCAGUGACAAGUGUUGCCAUGGCAAAGGAGAGGUAGGAGCCCCACACCGGCAUGCCCAAAUCCCCCGUCAGAUACCCAUGAGUCCACUACACACGCACACACACACACGAUUCUGAGUGAGUGUGGAUCCUUUACAGCAUUUUCUCUGUGUGUGUGUGUAUGAGAGAGAGAUUUGGUCUCACCCGGAUCCACAGUGAAAGCCUGAAGAGUCCGGCCAUGCAGCUCAUCCUGGAGGGAGGAGAUCCACAAAGUCAGAGGCUCAAUAAGCAUGUCAGAGUGAGUCAGUGUGGGGAGGCAGUAGCAGUUCUGUCUCAAAGAGAGAGAGCAGACAGAUAGAACAAGGCAUUAUGCAGCUAGUACUAUAUUACCCAGAUAUACAUUAGCUAUGCAAGAGGACAGCGAUACUAGAAGGAUAACCCUAAGACAUUAUUCAGCUAGUACAGUAGGACACAUUAUACUAAAGAGAGGUGUGUACUGUUGAUUCUAUAGAAGAACUGACUAUACAGGACAAAGGAGACUGUUGAUUGUAGACAGAUAUGCAGCCUGUUUCAGUGAUGUAACUACUAGCUCACUAUCAACCAACCCUCUCAGUCUACUGACUAAAGAGGAGAGAAGAGGAGAGCAAGACAGGAGAGGAGAAAGACUAGAAGGCAGGUUAAAGAGGACUUCCGGCGCAGCAGGUUGGAGGUGUGUGUGUACCAUGGCAGGGGCUCAGCCAGGGACACAUGCUCUGAAGCUCAAACCGCUGACCGUCCCCGACACUCUGAAGAAUGGCAGCCGCUUCAUGAAAUGGGACGAUGAUCUCUCGACAGUGACUCCCAUCACCCUGACUGUGGAUCCACACGGAUACUUUCUUCACUGGACUGAUCAGAACAAGGAGACAGAGUUUUUAGACAUCACCCAUAUAAAGGAUGCCAGAACAGGGAAGAGCACCAAAACACCAAAGGAGGCGAAGCUGCGUGAGCUGCUUGAUGUGGGGAACCUGGUCGGUCGUAUAGAGAACCGUCUGUUGACCGUAGUCACAGGACCGGACAUGGUCAACAUCACAUACCUCAACUUCAUGGCCCUGCAAGAGGAAGAGGCCACGGAGUGGGCUGAGGAGCUGUUCUCUCUGGCAUCCAACCUGCUGAGUCACAACAUGAACAGAGAAACCAGUCUGGAAAAAGCGUACGUCAGACUGACCUUGCAGCCAAACUCAGAGGGGCGGAUCCCAGUGAAGAACAUCGUCCGCAUGUUCUCAGCAGACAAAAAGAGAGUGGAGACGGCCUUGGAACACUGCAACUUACCCUUUGGACGGAGCAACUCUAUUCCCCUUGAGGACUUCACCCCUGACGUUUACAGAUCUUUCCUCUCCCACCUAUGUCCUCGGCCAGAACUCAGCUCAGUCUUCUCUCAGCAGGGUGCUAAGGGUGCUUACCUGUCUGUGGAUCAGAUGACAGAGUUUAUUAACGAGAGGCAGAGAGAUCCUCGUCUGAAUGAGAUUCUGUAUCCUCCUCUCAGACCCUCUCAGACACAGACCCUGAUGGAGAAAUAUGAACUCAUCCAGAGCCUGCUUAAACAAGGGCUGAUCACAUUGGAGGGGUUCAGCAGAUACCUGGUGUCUGAUGAGAAUGGUGUGAUUCCACCUGAGAAGUUAGACCAGUCUGAAGACAUGACCUUCCCUCUGUCUCACUACUUCAUCAACUCCUCACACAACACCUACCUCACAGCGGGGCAGCUGGCAGGAAGUUCAUCAGUGGAGAUGUACCGUCAGGUGAUGUUGGCAGGCUGUCGCUGUGUGGAGUUGGACUGUUGGAAAGGACGGACCGCAGAGGAGGAACCAGUCAUCACGCACGGCUUCACCAUGACCUCAGAGAUCUGCUUUAAGGAGGUGAUUGAGGCCAUUGCUGGGUGUGCUUUUAAAACCUCUCCUUUUCCUGUCAUCCUGUCCUUUGAAAACCAUGUGGACUCGCCAAAGCAACAAGCCAAGAUGGCAGAAUACUGUAGGUCAAUUUUUGGAGAUGCACUACUGAUAGACCCACUGGAGAAAUAUCCUCUGGAGUCUGGGGUACCCUUGCCAAGUCCUCAGGAGCUGAUGGGUAAAAUCCUCAUCAAGAACAAGAAAUCCCACAAGCCCUCGGCUGCCCAUGGCAACAAGCAACUGGCAGAGCAUCCAGCCAACCAGAGCGCAGCAGAGGAACAGGCAACAGAUGAACCCUCGUCUCCUAACAACAUCACAGCUGGUGAAAUAGAGGCUGAAGAAGAUGACGAUGAUGAUGACGAUGACUGUAAGAAGACGUCAGAUGAAGGGACAGCAGAGGAACGGGAGGCCGUAGCUACAGAGGAGAUGUCCACUCUGGUCAACUACGUCCAGCCCACCAAGUUCAACUCCUUCGAGGCUUCCAAAAAGGUUAAUCGUAGCUAUCAAAUGUCAUCAUUUGUGGAGACUAAAGCUCUGGAGCACCUCACCAAGUCGCCCGUGGAGUUUGUGGAAUAUAACAAGCAGCAGUUGAGUCGUAUCUACCCUAAAGGCACGAGGGUGGACUCCUCCAACUACAUGCCACAACUCUUCUGGAAUGCUGGCUGCCAGCUGGUGGCACUCAACUUCCAAACUAUAGACCUGUCUAUGCAGUUGAACCUGGGCAUGUAUGAGUACAAUGGGAAGAGCGGCUACAGACUGAAACCAGAGUUCAUGAGAAGACCAGACAAACACUUUGACCCGUUCGCUGAGAGCACCGUGGACGGCAUAGUGGCCAACACUGUCAAGGUCAAGAUAAUCUCAGGCCAGUUUCUGAGCGACAAGAAGGUAGGUGUGUACAUAGAGCUGGACAUGUUUGGUCUUCCUGUGGACACCAGGAGAAAAGCCCUGAAGACUAAGACGUCCCAGAGCAACGCUAUCAACCCAGUCUGGGAUGAAGAGCCAAUUAUCUUCAAGAAGGUGGUUCUCCCCACGUUGGCCUCUCUGAGAAUCGCUGCAUUUGAGGAAGGAGGAAAGUUCAUAGGUCACCGUAUUAUCCCUGUGCCAGCCAUACGGCCCGGUUAUCGCUACAUCGGACUGAGGAAUGAGAAGAACCAAUCUCUGAUUCUGCCUGCUGUGUUUGUCUACAUUGAAGUGAAGGACUAUGUCCCAGACACCUUUGCAGAUGUAAUCGAGGCGCUGUCUAACCCCAUCCGGUAUGUGAAUCUCUUGGAGCAGCGGUCCCAACAGCUGGCUGCUCUCACUCUGGAGGAAGGGGAGGAGGAGACCAGUAAAGAGAUUGAGGCUAAUGCUGAUCAACCCGGGCUUGCUGAGCCAAAAGCCAACCUACGAUCUGCUCCUUUGGAGAACGGUCUCAGCCCCAGCCCUGCCGUCACACCCAGAACUCUGACUAAUACACCCCAGUCUGCAACUACAGUUGUUUCAGAACCAACCAAACCAGCAGCGAAGACUGAAGACAUGGUGCAGAGCGUUCUGAUAGAUAUGAAGGCGGUCACACUAGAGGAGCUCAGGCAACAUAAGCUGAUAGUGCGGGAGCAGAAGAGACACUACAGGGAGAUGAAGGAUGUGGUGAAGAGACACCAGAAGAAGACUUUGGAGAUGGUGAAGGAACAGACCACCAAGUACAACCAGGCUCAGAACCAACACACACGCAGACACAACGCUCUCCUGAAGACUAAACAACAUGGUAAGACAAGAAGUUUGUCACCUGAAGGGAAGGCUGAACUGAAGCAGUUUGAGGAUGAAGAGGGGCAACUGAGGGAGCUGAGAGAGCAACAGCAGCAACAGCUACUGGAGUUGAGACAGGAACAAUACUACAGUGAGAAAUACCUCAAACGAGAAGACAUCAAACAGAUGAGUGAGAAACUGACUACGGUGACUGAGGAAAGCCAGAACAACCAGAUGAAGAAAUUAAAAGACAUAUGUGACAAAGAAAAAAAGACCUGAAAAAGAAAAUGGACAAAAGGAGAACAGAGAAAAUCAAAGAAGCUAUGACAAAAGAGAAUCACUUGGUAGAAGAGGGGAAGUUGGAGAUCAACAAAUCAUAUGUGAAUGAAGUGGUACAGAACAUCAAAAGGCUGGAGGAUGCUCAGGCAAAACGCCAAGAGAGACUGGUGGAGCAGCACAAAGACAUCCAGCAGCAGAUUCUUGAUGAGAAACCAAAGCUGCAGGGUGCAGUGGAGGCGGAGUACCAGGAGAAGUUCUGUCUAUUGCCGGGGGAGAUCCAGGACUUCCUGCAGAACAGGAAAGGGGGGGUCAAAGGUUACGUCGUGCCCCAGCCCUCCACCCCCCAUGACAUACUCUCUGAGGAGGAACUAGAGGACCAGAGGAAGUGAGAAAGACAGAAAGCGAGAGGAGAUGGAAAGAGAGCUUUUCUUCUUAAUAAAUGCUGGUUUACUACUGCACUCUAAAGGUAGUCCUGGAUAAUUUGUAUUGUUAUGUUAUCUGUAGCAUAUUGUAAACCUUUUGAGAGAUGAGAUUUGAUAUAUACUCCUACUGCUACAUGGUACUCUUGCCUGCCUUUAAUGGGGCUUCCAAGACAACUGGGAACUCUGAAGAAAAAAACGAGGUCAAUUCAUGAUGUCAGUGACUUUCCGGUCGGAAAGUCUGAGCUAUAGAAAGAUGCCAGAGUUUCAAGUUGGAAUUCUGAGUGGGAUGACCGUUCAAAACUAUUUUUCCCAGUUGGAGCAAAAAAUGUUGAGGUCCCAGUUGUCUGAACGCAUUGAAGUCGGAGAGGCUUGCUGAUUCGUUGAACGCGGCACAUGUAUGACUACAACCAGUUAGCAAGUCAGAAAUUUCAGAGUUUCUUAGUUCCGACUAGCAUGUGAACACGGCAUGUCACCCGUGCAAUCAACGCAUUCCUACGUUAUACUUCCGUGUUUAUGUCCUUGUUAUUUUGAAUUGGCGAUUAAAUCAACAAAUUCAUGAAAACGUGGUCAUAUAAGAUAUAUGAAGGAAUGUUUGUUAUUGAAUUUACUACUGCCAAAUGACUUUCAUUUAGUUUCUGCCCUAAGACCAUUCACUAUGUUUUCUGCCCUAAGACCAUGUUAUCUGCCCUAAGACCAUUCACUAUGUUUUCUGCCCUAAGACCAUUCACUAUGUUAUCUGCCCUAAGACCAUUCACUAUGUUAUCUGCCCUAAGACCAUUCACUACGUUUUCUGCCCUAAGACCAUUCACUAUGUUUUCUGCCCUAAGACCAUUUACUACGUUUUCUGCCCUAAGACCAUUCACUGUUUUCUGCCCUAAGACCAUUCACUAUGUUUUCUGCCCUAAGACCAUUCCCUACGUUUUCUGCCCUAAGACCAUUCACUAUGUUUUCUGCCCUAAGACCAUUCACUAUGUUUUCUGCCCUAAGACCAUGUUAUCUGCCCUAAGACCAUUCACUAUGUUUUCUACCCUAAGACCAUUCACUAUGUUUUCUGCCCUA